GAGGACUUUAAACACAGAAACACGGAGCUGAGAUGACUUGGGUGAAUAUGUUCCAGCCUCCUGUUCUGAAGCUGUUGCACUUGUUUUAAUGGCUGAUCGGAUCCUCACACUGUUGUUGUGCUCAUUUCUUUUUUGCGCGUCAACAAUAAGGACCAUGCUGUUGGAACGACGGUGAGCGCGUACAGAAGGAGCGCGUUUCCACUCAAUGGGCUUUUUAUAUUUAGAUCUGUGAAGGGACGCGGAGCAGCGGAAAGAGGAGACCCCCCGAUCCCCCGGUCUUGUCUGGCAUUUUGAUCCCUUGGAGACCGAAGCGAGAACCCAAAAACUUGUCGUUGAAUCCGCGGUGCGCGUUUCUCAGGCUAUGUUGUGGUGAGGGCGCUGCGUUGUGCGUGUUUAGGGGGAAAUAGCGCAAAUUUAUUUACAGCUUGGCGCGGGGGAAAGAUGAUGAUGGCCGGUGGUGGCGGAGCAGCCGUGGACCAUAACGGAAUUUACUCCAAUCCAAACCUCCACAGUCUGCAGCAGCCCCAUAUGGAGGCUGAGAACCCGGACUCCCGUAAACGACCGCUGGAAACUCCGGCUGAGGAGGCCGGCUGUACCAAGCGCACCAACACUGGAGAGGAGGGUGAGUACUUCCUGAAGGUGCUGAUCCCCAGCUAUGCAGCCGGCUCUAUAAUUGGCAAGGGCGGCCAGACCAUCGUACAACUGCAGAAAGAGACGGGUGCCACCAUUAAGCUGUCCAAAUCCAAAGACUUCUACCCAGGAACAACAGAACGCGUCUGUCUGAUACAGGGUACAGUCGAAGCCCUUAAUGGCGUCCACAACUUCAUCGCAGAGAAGGUCCGCGAGAUGCCCCAGAGCGCCCAGAAACCUGAGCCAGUCAGUAUACUGCAGCCGCAAACCACCGUCAACCCCGACCGCGUCAAACAGGCUAAAUUGAUAGUGCCCAAUAGCACAGCUGGGCUGAUCAUUGGCAAAGGUGGAGCCACAGUAAAGGCAGUGAUGGAGCAGUCAGGGGCUUGGGUGCAGCUCUCCCAGAAGCCCGAGGGCAUCAACCUUCAGGAGCGGGUGGUGACCAUCAGUGGUGAGCCAGAGCAGAACCGCAAAGCUGUGGAAAUCAUAGUCCAGAAGAUCCAGGAGGACCCGCAGAGCAGCAGCUGCCUCAACAUCAGCUACUCCAACGUGUCCGGUCCUGUGGCCAACUCCAACCCCACAGGCUCCCCCUACGCCAACACGGCCGAGGUGCUGCCCAACGCCGCAGCAGCGGCCGCCACUGCCUCCAGCCUCCUGGGCCAGGCCGGUUUGACAGGAAUGGGCGCCUUCCCUGCCGCCAUGUCCAGCUUCUCUGGCAAUGAUCUGUUGGCCAUCACCUCAGCCCUCAACACUCUGGCCAGCUACGGCUACAACACCAACACCCUCGGCCUGGGCCUCAACCCUGCAGCUGCUUCUGGGGUCCUUGCUGCAGUAGCGGCGAGUGCCAACCCGGCUGCUGCAGCGGCGGCGAACCUACUGGCCUCCUACGCCAGCGAUGCCUCCAGCAGCGCUGGCCACCCUGCGACGGGCCUCGGUGGGUUUUCCCUGGGUUCUCUAGCUGCUGCUACAGGGGCUUCCAAUGGUUACCUAAAUGCUUCAUCCCCACUGAUGGCCUCCUCCCUGUUGGCAACAGAGAAGCUGGCGGACGGGGCCAAGGACGUGGUUGAGAUUGCAGUGCCCGAGAAUCUGGUUGGUGCCAUUUUGGGGAAAGGAGGGAAAACGCUGGUAGAGUACCAGGAGCUAACAGGAGCUCGCAUCCAGAUCUCCAAAAAGGGGGAGUUCAUCCCUGGUACUCGGAACCGUAAAGUUACCAUAACAGGGUCGCCAGCCGCUACACAAGCAGCGCAGUAUCUGAUCAGCCAGCGGAUCACGUACGAGCAGGGCGUGCGCGCUACCAACCCACAAAAGGUGGGCUAAAAGGAAAAAGAAGAGGAAUGAAGGAAAGGAUGAAGACAGAGAUAGAGGGGAAUUGAGAGGUUCACAUUGAAUAGAAAAAAGAAUCGUCCAAAUAUCUGUUCAAUAUUUCAGUAUCAAAUGAGAGAAUCACAAAGGAGGAGGUGGGGGAGACAACCAAGAUAAGUGUGUGUGAUAUGUGAAUGUGUUUUUAGGACUGACGUCCUGAUGUUUUUUAAAAGUUUGUGUCGAGUCCUUUUGACGAUGGUGAUCAGAGUAAGCUGAACUGGUCCACUGCCAAGCUGCAGAUUUAAGGGUGAGGCCACAGAGUUUCACCCACUCCAAAACCUCAUAGCUGUUUUUAUUUUCCUUGUUUUUUUUUUUUUUUUCUCGGUUUUGUUGACUUGGGUUUUAAUUUCAGUUGCAAACCUCAGCUCCCGGUGAGUUGAGAAUGCCAGUUGAAGUUCCAGCCAGCUAGUAGAGCUGUUUCACAAACCUUGCUCUUUGUACACAAUGCAGAUGGCGUUGUUAACAGGGGAGAGGUUUUACGACAAGCACCUGAGGUCAUCUCAGUCUAUGGGGGAGCAAUCUGAGUAUAAUUUCUUUAAAGAAAUCAUAUCUAUGUUGCCAUAUGUUGAAUUCUGGCUCAUAUCAUAAUUGAAGUUUCUAAAUUUGGGUAUUUUAUAUUUUCAUCCAUUAUUUAUUGACAUGGUCUCAUUCAAACACAAAUAGAUUAUUUAAACCUGUGAAUGCAGGUUGAUCUGAAUGUAAAAACAAUAUUAGCCUAUUGCUAUUUUUUAUUUACAGGGAUCAAAUAUUGUGUUGCAGUGAAAGAAAUGUAUAAUUCAAACCCAGUCUGAACUUCACAGUUGCUGUAUGCAAGUAUAGUUCAGGGGUUAAAUAAUCAAUGUGAGAGGAUAGAGGAGACACACAGGAAUGUAUAAAUAUAUUUUACAUGAACACACAUAGAUGACGCUCCCACAAACGCACAAACACUGAAACAUAAUCACAUAUUCAAUCACAGCUACGAACACAGAGAAAUAUGUUGUUGUUUAACCCUUUCUUGGUGCUAUAGGAUUAGGUUUCUAUCUCCUUUACCAUGAAAUCAGAAUUUUUACUGGCGACUAUUCUCCUUACUUGAUGUGAAAGAGUGUCGUCCAGCCAUUAGUAGCCCAUUGGAUCUGACCCAGCCUCUCACUUAAUGACCGAGGAUUGAUUUCAGCAUUUCAUGAUGAAAAGCAAUCCAGUUUUAACCGAAUAGCUCAUCGCUACGAGUACAGGUGUUGUUUUUGUUUUGUUUUAAUUUUUCUAAAAAUUGGCCUUUAUCUAGAUUUUAUCUGACAACAGUUUUGCCUUAGUCGCAUAUUUGUAAAACCCAAGAAUUAACCUGAAGGUCAGACUACCUUCCUCCUGAAGCAGUGUCUAACCAGUUCAGAUCGCAAAGGGAACAAAGCACUACAAACGCAUUUUGAUAAGAAAAGCUGUAUGAACCAAUAUCUGUGAACAAAGAAACUAUUGCCUUUACAUUAAGGGUACCAAAUAGUCAGGAGACAUACACUAAUGAGAGGGAAGUAGAAUGACACUUGAAAAGAAGGUUUGGACUCAGUUUUUCUGAGCCAUCCUUCCCAAUUUGCAUCAAGACAAAAAAAAAAAAAAGAGAUUCUGCAGUUCAUCCAGGCAGUCUGUUAUUGCUCCCACAACAUGUUAACGCUCACUAACUUCAGGUGGAGCACGUAAUAAAACAUCGCUAAAAUGUUUUGGCAUCGUUGUCUUUUAUGGGCAAUUGUUUGUUAAAUGCAGGGAGGCUAAUUGUCUAGAGCAUUUCCAAGCACUGGAAGAUUAUCUUGGCUUCCUUCUGUGCUGCUAUCCAUGGUAUUCAUCCUGAGUACACUGGGUCUCUGAAGACUGCACUGUGAGACAUUAAGAACACAAAAUGUAAAGUGUGUCUGUCCCUGCUGGGAUGUGAGUUUAUAUUUUAAUGUGCACAUCUAUGUCACAUACACAAGACCUACCAAUAUGAAAGGAAUAUCUCCAUAGGAGCAUUUAUCCUCCAGCGUCUUGUGAUGUUUCUGUUUACUAGUACCAAUGCACUGCACUUGAAUUAGCGGACGUUUUCUGAUCAGCGAACCACAAAUUACUCCCGCCACAUUUUUUCCUGCACUGUAUUUCUCCAGUCCUAUUUCGUCCACUUCCCGGCUCCAAAAGGCAUCUUUCAAUUGUCCGCCAUCAACCCAAGCUCUAUGAUCAGCUUCCUGAAUAAACGUGGCUGUGAGGGUUGGUGCUGAGUAGUGUCCAAGAAAAUCCCAACCGCUCCCUGUCUUUUUGGAAAAUUUAAUGAAUAGCCUUUUGCUCUUUUCAUUCUCAUAAGUCAUGUUUGAUCGUAAAUGGAUCUGAAAGUGUUUGAAAUAACUCUUUGUGUCUGAACAUUAUGCACGGCAAUUGCAACAGUGAGCCUUUUUCCCUGACUGAAGUCUUUCCUUUCACUUCGUGUGUGGAAGUCUUCACAGUCAUCCAUAACUACAAUCUGGCCGCUCGUGAAAUCAUAGCAUAAGAUUACCUUUUACUGCCCAAGAUUUUAGCAUAUAAUAAGAUACAAGCACAAAACAAGGGGAUGUUUAUCAAUGCAACUGGACUGCUUGACUGCAGGGAGCUCUCCUUCUCAACGCUCUCUGAUCAAUACAUUGUGCCAAAUACUAUUUCUCUUUGCCCCUCAUUAACUUUCCUCUUUCUCUCAACAUUUUAUUCCCCCUGCAUGUUUCCGUUUCUGCCACUCUUAGAUUCCUCCUGUGUCCUUAUCCGUCUGUGCUUCCUCCUACACUGUGCUCUCCCCCUCUUUCUCCUUCCUCCUGUCUUGUCUUCUCAUGGGCGGUGUGUUUGGUGUGCUGCUGGUGGGAGUUAUGCACUAUAGGUCAUAAGGGUAUGAAAAUGUUUUCCCAGGCCGCAGAGUUCACAUGGCUAAAAUGCACAGAAAACACCUGCCUCCAAAAACUGUGACACUCACAAGACCAACCAGCAAUGUUAGCUCAAAGUAUCAAAUUCCCUCUAUAAGAAGAACAAGUAGGAUUUAGAAAGACCAUCAACUAUGGCCUCUUUUAUGGAAGAGAAAGCGUUGUUUUUUUUUUCCAAAAGAAGGCAAAUCUUGGUUGAAUAAAUACUUAAAAGCCGGCUGAACAAACUGAACUCAAGCUUCAGCCGCUAAACAAAGCAUAGUAAGGACAGGAUGCAUACGUAGAGUGAGAGUAAGGUGGGAACUUGUUUGUGACCUCAAGCCGAAACAAUGACAUCCUUUAUGCAUAUCCUCUUAUCUGAAAAUGACUAGAAUUCAUUUCUGUGGAAUACAAUAUGUCAUGUCAUAUGAUCUAUAUGUACUUUAUUGUAGCUAUUCUAGUUUGUAGUCCAAAUGCAGUCCAGCGUUGUCGAUACAAUGUGAACUAUGUUAUAUUUGUGUGGAUGAUGAGAGUGCCAACUAAGCCUGAUUAAGAUUAGCUUCGCGAUUUGUUUGUGCAUUAUGAUGACUCAUCAUCAAGCCGGUGGUGUCCAUAUUUCUGUCAUUGAUGAUUUAGUUUGACAGUAAGAAAAUGUAAAGAAUAUUGGAAGCAAUAUAGUAGCAUGUUGUCCUGUUUUGUGUUUUAUGUCUGUUGUAUGAACCUUUGAAAUUACUAAGAUUUUGAAUGAAUAGGUUUACAUGUACUUUUUGUAAGUUAUGAAAAUGCUGCUAUUUGAUAAGUAAACUAUACAAAAUAUUUUAGUUGAAAAGAUGUCUGGUCUGUUGAUUAGAAACAUGCUCUAAAAGGCUGGAGCAUAAAACGAGGUGUAUAGAAUACUAUACAGUAUUGGUAAGAUAGUAAAAGUAAUAAUAGACUCCAUAGUACAACCUGUGCCAAACUAGACCUCCGCAGCUUCUGAAAUUGUAGAUGUGCGAUCAAAUGUUAGAUAUCAAUAACUUGUUUAGAAGUGCUGAUCAAGUGCCAAUCAAACACUGUCUUUUAAGUUAAGAAAAGAUAAUCAAAUACAUUACUUAAGAAAACAAAGGACAAAGAACUUUUUGUGCAUUGUUUUAUCCCAUAGGUACAUAGAGUAAGAGUUAAAGAUUGUGAUUUUUAUGGAUCCAUGUUGUUUUACACUCCAUGCAUCCCUUGUGUGUUUGUUUGACCUGUGGCUUAAGUACUGCUGUUUUCUCACAAAUGUCUCUAUAGGCCAGCAUGGACUAAGCAUAACAUGUUAUAAGCAUUCAUAACAUAGCCAUUAACGAUCAAAAAUGUGUUUGUGGAGUUAGGUGUUAUCUUUUUGCACGUCUUCUAUUGCAUGGUAUCAAAGUGAAUUAUGGAGGAAAAAAUUAACAAAAAUUUGCGAGGGUGUCUCGCAAACAUUCAAAGACAUAACGCUGCAUGCAGUCAAAUGUAAAGCACUUAAGUUUACUCGCCUCAUGUUAAAAAAAAAAAAAGUUGUUUUUUUUAUGUUGUGAGUUGGGAAGGAGCUCAUUAUUGUCAUGUUGGCCCGAAAAAAAAAAAAAAGACACACGCAUAUAUAUCAGAUCGAUUUCUCAUCAGUCAUAUCUCUACAUGUCAUCAGAGAAGAUAUUUAGAUUUUUAGGUACAGUGAGGAGUAUUACAAAUGUGAAACAAGCAAACGUGAAAAUGUUACUCAGUGCAUUGGCUCCUUGUGUUUUGCUCUUUUAGGAUAUCAGACAUGCAUUUCUUUUAGAAACAGAUUGAACCUCAUACAACCUGUCCCAUAAUUUUUUAAAUAAUUUUUUUCUAUAUCACAGCUUGAAAGCCCAGAUCUAAUCUAUGAAUGUACCCAUUUACUCUUUUACUAUUAUUUCUGUCGAAUGUUAUUGGUAUUUAAUGUAAAUUCAGGGCAGGAAUGUCAACUACAUGUAGAGUUAAUAUCUAUGUCAAUAACAGAUUUUCAGCUAUAGUCAGGUAGGCCUCCCACGGCCAUAGUCAUGAACCAGAUAUGUUUUAACACAACUUCCGAUUCGCUGUCAACAUUAUCUUGUUUGUUUGGUGUUGCAUAAAUGCACUUUACUGAUCAGUGGGUCAUAAUGGGUGUUAAAUGAAGUGAACCAUGUUGGCUUUCAACAGUUGUUUUAUUCUUUUGUCAUAAUCUGAUGAUUUGCUCUGAUGUUACUUUUUUUUUUUUUUUUUUUUAGUUUUUAGUUGCUUUAUUGAUUAUAUUCCCUGAUCCUGUUGGGUCUCAUGAAUGAUGGAAAGGGCUGGAGUCUCAGACGUAAUAGAAGAGUAGCACCUGUUUCCUCACUCGAAGGCUUCUCCUUCACAUUCCCUUCAGCAGAGGUUUGUGUCAAUCACCGAGUGCUUUGUUUUUAACCAACACAUGAAACCAGGAGGGAUCUUUGAUUUUGUCCUUUUGCGUCCUGUUAAGACCUAAAUUACACUUUAGAAAAUUACUGUGUUGUUUUUUUUUUCUCCUGUUCUGUAUUUUCUUCAACAAAUUGGAACUGAAACACUGGGCUGAAGAUAUUAAACAAUGCGUUUCAAGGUCUUGCUGAUAUAACAGCCAGAGCUGAGACAUAAUUGGCACCAGCAAAAUGAAGAUUCUGCCAUCUCGACGUGAUGAAAACCAGAGGAAACACAUUAGACGUAUUAGACUUUGAAAGGCCUAGUUACAGAAUGAUAUUUCUGUCUCAUAAUUUUGUGUUAUAAACCCCUGUUGUUGCAUAAACAGCUUUGCAUCGGAAACAAAUUACAGUAUCAUUCCAAGUAGAUUUGUUCUGUUUUUUUUCUUUUUUUUGUUUUUUUAAUUUAAUUUUCACUCCAAAUGUAUUCUGGACUUUAAUCUGCCCCCACGGAGCCCUUUCACAAGAAGGCUAGGACUGGUUUUUAAUCUACAAACUGGCAAAGGCUGCUUGCUCUUCUCUUAAAAACCUCUUCUACUCGAGUCUCACUUUUUCAGCCUACAUGACAUCACGAUUUGUGUUUCAUUACACCGAGCGCCUGCUACUGUGUCCACCCUUUAAGGUAUUUCUGAGCCCUUUCGUCUGAGAAAAUACAGGAUUCUUGCCAAACAUGAGGCCAUUUAUUUUUAUUUUUAUUUGUCUGAACCUCCCAUGAACUUUGUUCUCCAUCCCCCAAGAACUCAUAUAUGUGUUGGAUAUUUUAAUGCCACUUUUACUGUCAAACUCUGCAAGACUGUUUUUCUUUUUUGUUUGUUUUUUGUUUGUUCUCUGGUUUAUCGGGACUAUUCUGCAGGGUUGAACGCUUGCUUAGGUGUAAACUGACGAAAGCAUGCCAGUACCUUGCAAACAUUUUCAUUGUAAAAGUUUUCUUUUCUUUUCUUUUCUUUUCUAGAGGUUUGGUUUUACUUCAGUUAACCUCUUUUUCUUUCCAUCUCAGAAAAAAAAUGGACUGACAGCAUAAGAUCAAAUAUUCCAACCAACCGAAGAUAAAGUGAUGUUUUGUUGAUUGGGUACAUUUCUCUUUGAUAUUAAUGACAAUGGUUAUGUGUUUCAUUUGUGACGAGGAGAAUAUGUGAAAGUCCGCAGUGUUAACUACCUAUAAGGGCUUUCUAGGACAGCAUUUAUAUGUCUUUUAAAGUGAAAAAGUCCUCUGAAUAUAUUGAAAAAUUAGAGGAAAAUGCCUUCUUGUGCCAUUUUAGAAGAAGUGUGAAAGCUUUUUAUGGCAAAUAUUUGUCAGCAAGAGUGCCAAAUAAUUCCAUACUGAGCCAAAAGGCAGCCAGCCUACAUAACUAAAUGUUAAAUCACUGGAAUGGUUACGUCCCAUUUCCACUCCCCCUGAAAAACAUCACCCUAAUUGUAUGACGUUUGAGCUCAUGUACCAUUAUUGUUAUGCUGCCAGUCUGUUUUCUGCUUUUGUCAGAGAAACAUCUCAGAAGCAGUAUAUUUUCUAAAUGAUACACUGUUGAUAAAAAAGACAACAGCUACUACGGUGAGGGAAUGAGAGGAUUUUACAAGUGUCAUUUGUGUUUUUAUUAUGAGUUUCUUUGACCAUUAUUCAUUAAUAGAUUUAAGGGUAAUGACUAUUUAAUGUAACUGUAGUACUGUGUUUGUAAAAGAAAUUCAGUGAGUUGUGUUUUAUGACUCGUGGACUACCAGUGAAGUCAGCAUUUCAGUGUUAAUAAUUGAAUUGUUUUUUAAAGAUUAUUUUUGCGACGGCAACAAAGAGUCAUUAUAAAUGUUCAUUUUAACAUCA